AGAGGGUCAUUUUAGACAAAUCGCUCUACUCAGAAACCCCAGAACAGAUUCCCUAAUUCCUCCUCCUCGACCUCCAUCCCGUGGAAUCCAACCAACGCGGGGAGGCAUACGGCACGCCGGCGGCGAUGAUCCAGCUCCUGUUCGUGGUGCUCGUCGCCGAGGCGGCCGUGGCGACGGUGCUGCUCUUCAAGACGCCGCUGCGGAAGCUCGCCAUGCUGGGCCUCGACCGCCUCAAGCGCGGCCGCCGGGCGCCCGUCGCCGUCAAGACCGUCGCCGGCGUCGUCUUCACGCUCCUCGCCUCCACACUCUACAGCAUGGCCGAGAUCAGCGGCCGCGCCGGGGACCCUGAGGGCGGGGGCGGCGCCGCCCUCUCUCCCACCGACCAGGUCCUCUUCUCGCGCCACCUCCUCGAGGCGUCCCUCAUGGGUUACUCUUUGUUUCUUGCUCUAGUUAUUGACCGACUCCACCAAUAUAUAAGAGAACUACGUGGGCUAAAGAAGAAUGUUGAGGCUGUAUCGAAGCAGAACAAAAUGUUAGAGGAAGGAAAACAUGGAAGAUCUCAGGAGAUAGCGAAAUACCAGGAAGAGGUCGCCACUCUGAAUGAGGAGAUGAAGAAACUGAAGCUGCAAGUACAAGAGAAGACCAAGGAGGUCCAUGUUGCUCAGGACAAGACACUUGCUAUCCAAAAGCAAUCUGAAAGCUUGCUGCUUGAAUAUGACCGGCUCCUGGAGGAUAACCAACAUCUCCGGGAGCAGCUGCAGUCAAUUGAUCUCAGGCUCUCCAAUCCUUCUUGAGAAAAGAAUGUAUUGAAGUAGAACAUUAUCCUAUCAUCAACCUAUUUGGUGCUUAGAAAUGUAUUGAAGUAGAACAUUAUCCUAUCAUCAACCUACUUCAUGCUUAGAAUUAUCUGUUUUGCUUUUGGUGCGACUUCGAGUUUACUCUUUCCAUAGGAUGUUAAUACCCAGAUGACAUGCUAAUUUAGUAAUGCCUAUCUUAUCGGUUUUAUUGUCUUACAUAACAAUAUGUUGGAACAUGUAUGCUGGUAUGCAGUUAAAUUUGCGUGCCACUGUUACAGUGGUGCACAACUCUAA